AUGAAUAAAAUUGGCGUCUUAGAAAACUCUUUUAGUGGUUUUUCGCUAGAAGAAAAACUACAAAUUAAAGAAUUAGGCCGGCCAAUUCCCGAUUUUAAAAUUGAAAAACAAAGUGGAAGUGGGCAAAAAUCGCGGUGUCACAAAAAUAUGCUUAAAAAUGAAUUACAAGUACUGUAUCAGAGAGACGAAUUAGAUACCACCUCCAGAGCUGUACCACUGUCAAUUUUAUUAAAUGAGGAAUGUUUAAAUUGUACAUUUCAGGAAACUCUUAAACUUUUAGGUAUUUUGAUAACAAUACCUAUGUCAACAUCUGAAGCAGAGCGCUGUUUUUCAAUGCUUAAACGGAUUAAAACAUUCCUCAGAAAUACAAUGAAGGAAGAAAGAUUUAGUGCUUUAAGUAUGUUGUCCGCAGAAAAACAUUUUGUAAAUGGAAUUGAAAAUUUUGAUAAUAAAGUAAUUGAAAAUUUUGCAACCAAAAAAGAAAGAAGAAUGGAUUUCAUUUAUCGGAAACUUUAA